AUGGCACUUCAACUACUUUGCCUAUCAGUGCUGACAGCUGCGGCAUUUUUGGGAUUAUGGCGCAUAGUAUACAAUGUAUUCUUUCACCCACUACGGAAAUUCCCCGGACCAUGGAUGGCCGGCGCUACAUCAGGUUGGAAAGCAUACAAGGAAGUUAUCAAGCAAGAGACGCUGGCUCUAGAGCUCUUUGAUCUGCACGAGAAAUACGGUGAAAUUGUUCGGAUCGGACCAAAUGAACUCCAUUUCGGAAAUCCAUCCGCGUUUCAUGAUAUCUAUAACAGCAGCAAGAGAUGGGACAAAGACCCCGGCCUCUACCGAACCCCCGGUGUCACGACUGGGUCUUUCGUGUUCCUGAAAUAUGCCCAGGCCAAGGAGCGCCGUGAGGUUCUUCUUCCCAUUUUUUCCAAAAAGGCAAUUACGAACCUGGAGCAUCUUGUCUGGCGAAAUGCAACCCGCCUCGCCUCCUCAAUUACCAAAACCAACGCAACCAAAAGCUCUAUCGAUCUCCUUUAUGCCUUCCGGUCCUACACCCUCGAUACUAUCAUGUGCUUCACCUUUGGAAACUCUGUGAAUGCGACCGAUGCACCGGGAUUCAGCGACCCUCUGAUCUUAGCGAUGGACGCAAGUCUGAAGCUGCUGCCAUUUUUGAAGAACUUCCCCUUGAUUCGCGAUCUGGUUUUUGCCAUUCCUCCGUCUCUAGUCAUGAAACUCGUUCCUGAUGCUAAACGGCUGGCUCCGCGUCUCUAUCAAGUCCGCGAUCUCAUUCAGCAACAGCUGCAGGUUGUUCUGAAUUGCCCCUCGAAGCUCGACGAAGUGCCCCAUCAAACUCUAUUCCACCGUAUGCUCGAUCCCCAGGCAUACCGAAAAAAGGAGGUCCCAGACCUGACAGCCCUGCACGACGAGGGUUUCACACUUAUCUUCGCGGGUGCGAAUACGGUGGCAGACACACUGCUAAUGGGUCACUGGCAUGCGAUGCAGGAUCCCCUCCUGCUAAAAAUGCUCAGAAGUGAACUUCUGACUGUUUGGCCAGACAUCGAGAAGCAGCCCUUGCUAGCUGAUCUCGAAAGCUUGCCACUGCUCACAGCGACUAUUAAAGAAUCUCUUCGCUUUAUCCCGUCCGGUGUGUCACUAACCCGUGUCGUGCCUGAGACUGGCGCCGUCAUAUCGGGCCAGCAAAUUCCGGGAGGAGCCACGGUCGGCAUGGCGAUCUUGCACGUACACCAGUCUGCUGAAGUCUGGGGUAAGGAUGCUCUGGAUUUCCGGCCUGCGAGGUGGCUAGAGAGCAAGGAGCAAGUAGAGAGUGAAGAUGGAAAGACGAGGCCCAAAUCUCAUAAAAAGAGUGACUUGGAUCACUGGCUUGUGCCAUUCAGUCGAGGUCCUCGCAUGUGCUUCGGGAUGAACCUUGCUUGGGCAGAGAUGUAUAUCGCUUUUGCGACUAUGAUUCGAAACUUUGAUAUGGUUAUUGACGGAACGACGCCUGAGGAUAUGGUGUGGCGAGAGUGCAUUGCAGCCUAUUAUCCUAACAGACACUUGCAUGCAUGGUGCCGUCCCACUCAGGCUUAG